UGGAGCCGGACAAUAAUGCCGAGCACCAUGAAACGCAUCAAUUCCAACGGAGGUCGCUCUCUUUUUCUCCGCUGCUUCCUCAUCGUCCUCGCCACCAUCUCUUGUCCCUAUUUAAUCUUCUCAUCCAAACCAGCCACCGAAUUCUAGGACUUGGGGAGCCGAAUCCACAUGGGAGAACGCGAGGGACGCCCCAAACCUUAGAGAUUGCAGGAUGGAUAGACAAACAAUUUGCACUAAUGGUUCCUGCCCCAACUCGUGCGGGCCACUGACAGACUACUACAUCCCAGAUUACAUACUGAAGCCGGAUACUGAACAAGUCAUUGUUGAUAAUGCACCAUGUUGUCCUGUGGUGGUCUUCAUCAACUCUAGAAGUGGUGGCCAACUGGGAAGCAGUCUGAUCAAAACGUACCGUGAACUUCUCAAUGAAGCACAGGUUUUUGAUCUCUCAGAAGAGGCUCCUGAUAAGGUUCUGCACAGAUUAUACAGCAACUUCGAGAAGCUCAAGUCCAACGGUGACAUUCUUGCUAUCCAAAUCCAGAAGAGCUUAAGACUAAUUGUCGCUGGCGGUGAUGGCACAGCAAGUUGGCUGCUUGGAGUAGUUAGUGACCUUAAGCUUUCACAGCCGCCUCCUGUUGCUACUGUGCCUCUGGGGACUGGAAACAACCUUCCUUUCUCAUUUGGAUGGGGAAAGAAGAAUCCACCUACGGACCAAGCAGCAGUGAAAUCAUUCUUGGGGCAAGUAAAAAGAGCCAGAGAAAUGAAUAUUGAUAGUUGGCAUAUCAUCAUGAGGAUGCGAAUUCCACAGGAAGGCCCAUGUGAUCCUAUUGCUCCCUUGGAUCUGCCACAUUCAUUGCAUGCAUUCCACCGUGUAUCAGGCUGUGACUCUCUCAAUGUGGAGGGCUACCACACAUUCCGUGGAGGAUUCUGGAAUUACUUUAGUAUGGGAAUGGAUGCACAAGUAUCCUAUGAAUUUCACUCUGAAAGAAAGAGAAAUCCAGAUAAGUUCAAAAAUCAGCUAAUAAAUCAGGGUACAUAUGCUAAGCUUGGACUUAAACAAGGAUGGUUUGCUGCGUCUCUAAUUCAUCCUUCUUCAAGGAACAUUGCUCAACUUGCAAAGGUGAAGAUCAUGAAAAGACCUGGUAGGCAGUGGGAAGAGCUUAAGAUUCCUCGCAGCAUUCGAUCAAUUGUCUGCCUCAACUUGCCAAGUUUCUCGGGAGGAUUGAAUCCUUGGGGAACACCUGGCACGCGGAAAGUACAAGACAGAGACCUGACUCCACCUUAUGUUGAUGAUAGCCUUAUCGAGGUUGUGGGCUUCCGUGAUGCUUGGCACGGGCUCGUCUUGCUGGCUCCUAAUGGCCAUGGAACUCGUCUAGCACAGGCCCACCGAAUCCGUUUCGAGUUCCAUAAAGGAGCCGCCGAGCACACAUUCAUGAGGAUUGAUGGGGAACCAUGGAAGCAGCCUCUUCCCAAGGAGGAUGGCACUGUCGUCGUCGAGAUCUCUCACCUUCGCCAGGUGGCCAUGCUGGCCAAUGACCCGUGCAAUUCGAAGAGCAUCAAUGACCCCUCCUCUCCGUGCCACCCCCACGACGACGACGACGACAGCAACAGCUUGGAGGACGAAGAUGAGUGGGAGGAUGGGAGGAAGAAGUUUGGGGCAGCGGCUACCUUCAAGAUCCCCGACGAGGUCGAUAUCGCGCAUCUUAGUUGAGUUAGUCCAGCUGCUUCUGCGUUCUUGCGAGUUGUCCAUGUGAUUCGGAGUUCAGAUUCAUUUCAGAAUGUUCACUACUGCUGUUAGUGAUACUGCCUUUCUUUUUUCAGUUCAGAUUCAUUUCAGCAUGUUCGCUACUGCUAUUGGUACUACUGCCCAAUUAUGCUUUCUCUAAUAUGCUGUAAAAUUUCAAGUUUAACAGCCAUGUGUAGACCGUCUAUUGUACUAACUGCAAAUUUCGGUGUGCCCCGCGCAAUGCAACUGUUCAUUUCUUUUCUCU